AUGGUGAAGGAUCCUUUAGGUUUGACAGGACUCUCAAGUUUGAAAAGAGCCGAAUUGAUUUGCUCAACUGACUCAGCUUUGUUCCAAAACACAACAGAUUGGGCAACAGAGGUGUGUGGUAAUUUGAAAAAGGAAUCUAUGAUAAGGACACUGAUAGAGACAUAUUUUCCUCGACACCGGACAGAAAUGGAUUGA